GCGAGGCGCUGGAGCACUGCCGCAGCUACAACGCGCGGCUCUGCGCUGAGCGCAGCAUGCGCCUGCCCUUCCUCGACUCCCAGACCGGCGUUGCCCAGAACAACUGUUACAUCUGGAUGGAGAAAACCCACCGUGGACCGGGCCUGGCCCCGGGGCAGAUCUACACCUACCCGGCACGCUGCUGGCGCAAGAAACGGCGGCUCAACAUCCUGGAGGACCCGCGGCUGCGGCCCUACUGCGAGGCGCCCCUGAAGAAAGAGGGGGGGCUCCCUGAGGGGCCGGUGCUGGAGGCACUGCUCUGCGCCGAACCCGGGGACAAGAAGGUUGAGUUGAAGGAGGAGGAGGCUGUGCUGGAGUGCCCGCAACCGCCGGGCGAAUUCUCCCACGAAGCGGAGGGUGACGAGCUGGAGGAUGACACCCCCCGUCGUAAAAAUAAAGCCAAGGGCAAGGCGUACGGCAUUGGGGCCAUGCGGAAGAGGCAGGAUCCCACCGCGCUGGAGGACCGGGACAAACCCUACGUGUGUGACAUCUGUGGGAAGCGCUACAAGAAUCGCCCGGGGCUGAGCUACCAUUACACCCACACGCACUUGGCUGAGGAGGAAGGGGAGGACCAUGGCGAGCGGCUGCCCCUACCCCGCAGGAACCACCACAAGCAGUUUUACAAAGAGUUGAACUGGGUCCCCGAAAACCAGCGCAGGAACACAGCUCGUGCAGCCCCCGAGGGGCCGGUGGCCCCAAACGGUUACUGUGAUUUCUGUCUAGGCGGCGCGAAGAAAACCGGCUGCCCUGAGGAGCUCAUCUCCUGCGCCGACUGUGGACGCGCCGGCCACCCCUCCUGCCUGCAGUUCACUGUCAACAUGACGGCGGCCGUGCGCACCUACCGCUGGCAGUGCAUCGAGUGCAAGUCCUGCAGCCUCUGCGGCACCUCCGAGAACGACGACCAGUUGCUCUUCUGUGACGACUGUGACCGGGGGUACCACAUGUAUUGCCUGAGCCCCCCCAUGGCGGAGCCCCCUGAAGGCAGCUGGAGUUGUCACCUGUGUCUCCGGCAGCUGAAGGAGAAGGCGUCAGCCUACAUCACCCUCACUUAGGGGAGGGGGGGGGGCGCGGGGGCGGCUGGACCCCCCCCCCGCACCCCAAAAUCCUCCCCCCCCCAGCGUCCCCCCCUCCAAUUCCCCCCCCCAUGCCCAAAUCCUGCCGAAAGCCAUAAUGGAACCGAGGGGGGUGUGGGGGGGGGGGAAGAAGGGGGGAGGGGGGGGGCAACACAUUGCAUGAUGU